AUGGCCGUGGGAUUCGCUGGUGGCGAGGACCAGCAGCGCCGUUACGGCGGGAGGGUCACCGCGUUCGCGGCGCUCUCCUGCGUCACGGCGGCCAUGGGCGGCGCUAUCUUCGGCUACGACAUCGGGACCGCGGGCGGAGUGUCAUCGAUGGAGCCGUUCCUAAGGGAGUUCUUCCCGGAGGUGCACCGGCGGAUACAGGCCGGCGCUGGCGUCGGCAACUACUGCAAGUUCGACAGCCAGCUGCUCACGCUCUUCACCUCGUCGCUCUACGUGUCCGGCCUCCUCACGGCGGUGCUCCUCGCGUCCUGGUUCACGGCCAGGCACGGGCGCCGGCCGUCGAUGAUCCUCGGCGGGUUCGCUUACCUCGCCGGCGCAGCGGUCAGCGGCGGGGCUGUGAACGUGUACAUGGCCAUUCUUGGCCGGGCGCUGCUCGGUGUCGGGCUCGGAUUCGCUAAUCAGGCAGUGCCACUGUACCUGUCCGAGAUGGCGCCGGCGCGAUACAGGGGAGCGUUCAGCAACGGCUUCCAAUUCAGCCUCUGUCUCGGGGCUCUCGCCGCGACCGUCGUCAACUACUUGGCGCAGAAGAUCAAGGCCGGCUGGGGCUGGAGGCUCUCGCUGGGCCUGGCUGCCGUCCCCGCCGUGAUGCUCACCGUUGGCGCCAUCUUCCUGCCGGAGACGCCCAACAGCCUCAUCCAGCAAGGAAGAGACCGUGGCGAGGUGAAGGCGUUGCUCAAAAAGAUCAGGGGCAUCGACGCGGUCGACGAAGAACUGGACGACAUCGUCGCCACUAAUGACGCCGCGGGACAGGCCACUGACAACAACGGCCUGCGCAUGAUCCUGUCGCGGCAACGGUACCGCCCGCAGCUCGCCAUGGCCAUCCUGAUUCCGUCGUUCACGCAGCUCACGGGGAUCAACGCCGUCGGGUUCUACGCGCCGGUGCUUCUGCGCACCUUCGGCAUGAGCGAGAGUGCGGCGCUGCUGUGCACCGUCGUCAUGGUCAUCGUGUCCUCGGCGUCGACGUUCGCGUCCAUGUUCCUCGUUGACCGCUUCGGCAGGCGGACGCUCCUCCUCGUCGGCGGCGUCCAGAUGUUCCUCUCGGAGGUGCUCAUCGGCAGCAUCAUGGCCGCCAAGCUCGGCGACGAGGGCCAGCUCAGCAAGAGUUACGCUCUCGCACUCAUCAUCCUCAUCGGUGUCUACUCCACCGGCUUCGGCUGGUCCUGGGGUCCGCUGAGCUGGCUGGUGCCGAGCGAGAUCUUCCCGCUGGAGGUUCGGUCCGCCGGGCAGAGCGUCACCGUGGCGUCGGGCUUCGUGUUCACCAUCUUGGUCGCACAGUACUUCCUGGCCAUGCUGUGCCGGUUGAAGGCGUGGCUGUUCUUCUUCUUCGCUGGGUGGAUCGUGGUGAUGACGGCGUUCGUAUACUUGUUCUUGCCGGAGACUAAGGGGAUACCCAUUGAACAGAUUGGGAAGGUGUGGACGGGGCACUGGUUCUGGAAGAGGGUUGUGGGAGUUGAGGAAUUGCCGGCUGCUCCUGUGAAGCUUUGAAACUGCCUGCGCAAGUUUAGAAAGUUACAUUCAACUAGAAAAAAUGGUGGAAUUAUAUGCAAGUUCAGAGCUCACUGUGAUUUACAAAACGCAUUGCCUUUUACUUGCACUGUCCUACAAAGUAGGCGAUCAUACGGCAGCCCGGUCCGGACAGCCCAAAAAUCCUGAGCCAGGCCAAGCCGGGCCUAUAUAUUGGUCCAGGCUUGGGCCUGGAUUUGAGCCCGAAUGUCGGGCUAGGCUGGACUUGCAGAGCACAUGAUUUAGGCACGGGCCGAGCUUUCCUUGUUCAGCCGGGCUGGGCAUGUUUGAUUUGUAGGCCUGAUGGUCGGGCCGGACCGGGCUCAGGCAUAUGUAUUUAAUGUCGGGUUUUUUCGGCCUGGCCCGAUCAGAGAUGGGUUGGAUCAUAGUGGCAGACUAUAGCUAAGAUACUUGUCCGACGCCUCUCGCUAGAUUCUUCCUAAUUAAUGGAUUUUUUCAAUUAUUCAAAUUGGAAAGUAGAGGGCAUAUUUGAAUUUC